AUGAAGAGAAAAAUCAAUUUCCUUUUCCCUCUCUUAGUUUCAAUAUGGCAUCAUUUGCUGAUAUUAUCAGCCACUGCAGAAGUCAAUCUCAAAACUGAUGAAGCUUCUCUACUUGCUUUGAAAUCCUAUGUUACUUUUGAUACUUACGAUAUCUUGACAAGCAACUGGACCUCAACUACUUCUGUUUGCAAUUGGAUUGGAGUCACCUGCGGCUCUCGCCAUCAAAGAGUUAUAACCUUGGAUGUUUCCAAUAUGGGAUUAGUAGGCACCAUCCCUCCUCACUUGGGAAAUCUGUCCUUUUUGGUUUCUCUCGAUAUCAGUAGCAACGGCUUCCAAGGAAUUCUGCCACGAGAGUUGGCUAAUUUGCAUAGAUUGGAGUUUAUAAAUGUCACUUCUAAUAAGUUCACUGGAGAUAUUCCCUCAUGGUUCUCUCUUUUGCCAGAACUCCAGCACUUGCAUCUAGCUUUUAACAGUUUCACAGGUAUUAUUCCACCAGAUAUUUGUAAUGCUUCCAAACUUGAGAGUUUAGUCUUGGGAUUUAAUCAGUUACAAGGGGAAAUUCCAAAUGAAAUUGGUAAUCUUCAGAACUUGACUUGGUUGGGCUUGGGAUCAAAUCAGCUAACAGGUUCUGUACCACUUAGCCUGUACAACAUUUCAUCGUUACAACGUUUGGUUUUGACAAAAAAUAGUUUGUCUGGAAAUCUUCCUGUCGAUAUAUGCUUGAACCUUCCAGAACUUAUGGUGCUUGCACUUUCUGACAAUGAAUUUGAUGGUCAAAUUCCUUUGGGGAUAGAUAAAUGUUCAAAGCUUCAUAUUUUGUCAUUGUCAUUCUACAAGUUCAGUGGAUUGAUACCUAAACAGAUUGGGAACUUGAAUAUGCUGUCUAUUUUAUAUCUUGGUCGCAAUGAUUUAAAAGGUGAAAUUCCAGAAGAGAUUGGAAAUCUUCGUAAUCUAGAGAUAUUGGAUGCACAGAACUGUAGCCUAAGUGGUCCUUUACCAUCUUCUAUAAGUAACUUAACUUCACUUCAAUCACUCAAUCUUUAUGGCAAUAAUCUCUCUGGCACCUUGCCCCAGUAUAUAUGUUUGAACAUGCCUGAUCUCAGAGCAUUCGAUCUUGGGAAUAAUUUAUUCAGUGGAAACAUUCCAAAAGAAUUUGGAAACUGCAGUUCACUUUCUGACCUCUUCCUAAGAGAAAACAACUUAACAGGUGAGUUACCAAGGGAGAUUGGUAAUCUUUUCAAUUUGGGAAGAUUAGAUCUACAUUACAAUUUCUUAACAGGUCCUAUUCCAUCUACAAUAUUCAACAUGUCAAACAUAAGGGGCAUUUCAUUUUUAGGGAACUUCUUUACUGGAAGUCUACCAUCAGAUAUAGGACUUGGUCUUCCUAAUCUUGAAGAACUUUAUCUUGGUUACAAUAACCUUACUGGAGCCAUCCCUAAUUCUCUCUCAAAUGCUUCCAAUAUUUUCCGGCUUGGAAUUGGAUAUAAUGACUUUUCUGGUCAUUUUCCGAGGUCGUUUGGUAAUCUAAGACGUUUAGAGUACCUCAACGUGAACGGCAAUCAUUUCACAAGAGAGCCUUCAUCUCCAGGAUUGACUUUCUUUGAUUCCUUGACAAAUUGCAGACAUUUGAGAAAAUUGUGGAUAGGUUAUAAUCCACUCAAUGGAAAUCUUCCGGUUUCUAUUGGAAAUCUCUCAAGUUCUCUCGACUACAUUUAUGCUGUUAAUAGUGAAAUCAGAGGCUACAUUCCCAAUGAAAUAGGAAAUUUAAGUGGUUUGUCUUUCUUGUUACUUCAAGGCAAUUACUUGAGUGGGUUCAUUCCAAGAACAAUAGGGAAUUUAAAGAAUCUUCAAGCCUUGAAUUUGUAUGACAACAAAAUGAUAAGUGGACCUAUCCCUGAGGAACUCUGCAAUUUAAAGAAAUUAGGAUUCUUGAGCUUGGGAAAUAAUGAGCUUUGCUGUUCUAUACCAGCAUGUUUAGGGAACAUUACAUCUCUUAGAUACAUUUACCUAGGUUCCAACAAAUUGACUUUUAGCAUACCUCCCAGCCUGUGGAACCUCAAUGAUCUCUUGCAUCUUGAUGUAUCCUCAAAUUCCUUGAAAAGCUCUCUACCUCCAGAAAUUGGAAAUCUGAAAGUCGCAACAUUGCUGAAUAUAUCGAAGAAUCAAAUCUCAGGAAGUAUACCGAGCACAAUUGGAGGCAUGCAAAAUAUGGCUGAACUUUCUUUUGCAGAAAAUAGACUAGAAGGGCCAAUUCCAGAGUCAAUGGGGAACAUGAUCACCUUGGAAUCGUUAGACUUGUCUCAUAACAAGCUCUCUGGUGGCAUUCCCAAAUCAUUGGUAGCUCUUUCACAUCUCAACUAUCUUAAUGUAUCUAACAACAGAUUGAGUGGUGAAAUUCCAAUUGGAGGUCCUUUCGUGAACUUCUCUUAUGAUUCAUUCCUUUCAAAUGAGGCAUUAUGUGGUGCUGCUAGGUUGCAGAUACCAGCAUGUAGGUCUAAUUCUCCUAGUAGGAAAAGAAAAAAGAAGGUGCUUCUUAUUGUGUUGAUCUUGUUGGUGGCUUCUUCAGUCAUAAUGCUCUCAGUCAUGCUCACCAUAUUUUUGGUGAUUAGAAGUCGAAAGAGGAAGACAAACAUUGCUACUCAUCAGGCGGAUGCCUCUCCAGCCACGGUACAUGGAAGAGUUUCAUACUAUGACCUUCAACAAGCAACCGACAGAUUCGGUACAAGCAACUUGCUCGGCUCUGGAAGUUAUGGCUCUGUUUAUAAAGCAACAUUUGGGAGUACUAUAGUGGCCGUUAAGGUAUUCAACUUGCAAACAGAAGGCGCAUUCAAGAGUUUUGACACAGAAUGUGAAGUCUUACGCAACCUUCGUCAUAGAAAUCUGACCAAAGUCAUCAAUAGUUGCUCCAGCAUUGAUUUCAAAGCCUUGGUAUUAGAGUACAUGCCUAAGGGAAGCCUGGAUGAUUGGCUUCAUUCUGAAACUUGUUCCUUAGAUAUAAUGAAGAGAGUAGACAUAAUGAUUGAUGUGGGAUCAGCAUUAGACUAUCUUCAUCAAGGCUAUUUUGUGCCCGUAGUUCACUGUGAUCUAAAGCCUAGCAAUGUCUUGCUCGACGAAGAUAUGGUUGCACAUGUGAGUGACUUUGGCCUGGCAAAGCUAUUAAGGGUAGGAGAAAGUAUUGUACAAACCAAAACACUUGCAACCAUUGGAUACAUUGCACCAGAGUUUGGAUUGGAAGGACUCGUAUCUACAAGGUGCGACAUUUACAGCUACGGUGUCAUGUUGAUGGAAACCUUUACGAGAAAGAAACCAACGGAUGGAAUGUUUGCUGAAAAUUUAAGCCUGAGGGAGUGGAUAAGACAAUCAUGGCCACGCGGAAUGGACGAGAUAAUAGACCCCGAGCUUAUGAUACCAGGGGAGAAGAACAAAACAGGAAAGGUGCAGUGCUUAUCAUCCAUCAUGGAAUUAGCUCUGAGGUGCACUGCAGACUUGCCAGAGGAAAGAAUGAAUAUCAAACAUGUUCUUGCUCAACUGAAGAACAUCAGAACUAUGUUGGAAAAUGUAAUAAAUCACUAAAGGAUUGAGAAAGAUGGUUGUAUAUUU